AUUUAAACCUCACCGUGCUCCGAGUGACACCCUGCGUGCGUAGCGUGCGGGACAGCGCGGGGAGGCGCGCGGGACGGAGCGCUGCGGAUCAGGGGCUUUACUUUUCUUUCAUCCCGAGGAGAGAAGCGCUGCUGCUUACCGUGACACGAGGAACCCGAGGAGACCCGGGAGCCGCGGGGAGCGGAGCUGAGGAGCAGCCCGGAGUUACCGGAGUUUCUGGAGUUACAGAGAGAGAGCGAGAGAGAGCGAGCGUGUGAGAGAGUGAGUGCGCGCUCGAGGACGCGCGCGAGUGUGUGUUUGGGUUGCAACGAUAUGAAAUUUUCAUUUAUUGCGGCAUCAUAACUUUCUAAAAAGAGAUUAACGAUUUUGCGGAAUUAAGGUAAAACAAUAUUUAUUGUUGUUUUUAAUUCGUUUUUUUAUUUGACCUUUUAAAGGAGUGAAAACAGGGUAUUUUCACCACUGAACAUUUUGAGUUGAAACUUUAUUAAAACUUUCAUAUAACUUUAAAUUAACGAAAUUAAAUCUAAAACUAAUUUGGAAAAUUAUAAAAAUAAGAAAUCUGCUCUCAAUUUUGAAUUUUCAGCUAAUGAUACUUUUUACUAUGUCUUAAUCUGCCGAUUAAUAAUUAAUCAAUUGAUUUUUUUAGUUUUUAUACAUAGAAAAAAAUAAUUCACAGUUUGGUGCAGUUACGGGAUUUUUAACUAAUUGUUCACUUGUUUUUUUACAUUAGCCCUGAAAGAAAUGAAGACUGGACUUUGCCACAGUUUAAGAAUUUAUUAAUAAAUUUUAAAUAAAAUGUAAGAAUAUUAUUUGUUUUGCAAAUAAAUAAGCAACCUGUGCUUACUUUUUAUUGCAAAUGAUUAUUAGCAUUAUGUCUUAAUUGAUUUCUCAAUUAAUCGGUCAAAUGAUUGUUUCUUAAACUCUGUAUGGUUGCAUUUUUGGACCCUAGUACAAAUACCAAGCAAAUUUACACAAUAUGAUAAUCAUCAAUUUUCCUACCUAAUGAUGGUUCACUGCCACAACACUAUAUCGCUGCAACCCUAGUGUAUGUGCAUCUGUGUGUGGGGGGGUUUGUGUGUGUGUAUGUGUGUAUGCAUUUUCCUCCUCAUCCCAAAGCAUGGAGGUGACCAUGUGCUCAAUAUGGUCUCUCCUCCUCGUCCUCGGAGUGUCUUCUGUCUCUGGAGGCUAUGACCUACACAUCUCGGACACUUUACGUGCCGGAGCCUCUUUGGCAAACCUUUCAUUGGGACCUGGUUGGAGUUAUGCUCUUGACAGGACUUUAUCUCCAAGCUCGAGGCUUUGGAAUUUGCUGAAAGUGCAUAAGCACCAUGGAGAUGUGAGUCUCUUGGGUGAGGUGGACUGUGCAAGCCUUAAUGAGACCUUCCCAAUCCCAAUGAACUUCGAGAUCAGGUCCGUCACAUCACAGGACUUGGUGCACAUGCAUUUGAACUUGUAUGUGCACGGCCAGGACUGCACUGUGAGGCGCAGGAGAAGAAUAACUAGCCCUGAUGUUCAGGUUCACUUCCUUUACAACUUGAGGGAAGCGUCCUGCUUGUCUUCAGAUGUGUUGCUCCUCCGCCUUAAAGACUAUUUACCAGCUGCCUUUGCACAUCACGCCAAGGACAUGCCAAUGCAGAGUCAUUGGUGUAAAGCAAAGGACUUGAGUGACUUGAGUGUUUUUCUUGGGAGUAAUGGGAGUUUAUACAGUGGGGAUGACUUCUGCUUAUCCAAAGAGAAUUUUAAAGAGGAAACAGUGGUAUGUGGACUAGGUGACAUCACCAUGGACAUAAGGCUAAAGUUCAUAUCUUCUGAGCUGUCCUCAUUGCAACACCACUCGCACACCUCUCACAGAUGGAAGUCAAACAAGAGGACGAAAAGGGGGGUAAACUCUGCCCCUGUAUUCCAGCUGCCCAAUUAUCAAGUGUCCGUUCCUGAGAAUGAACCCUCAGGGACGCAUGUUAUCACGCUUAAAGCCACUGAUGCAGACAGCGGAGAGGCUGGGAGGAUUGAGUAUGGCAUGGAGGCUUUGUUUGACAGUAGAUCCAGUGACUUUUUCAGGAUAAACCCAGAGACAGGAAGCAUUGAAACGGAGCGACCCUUAGACAGAGAGUUCAAGGACACCCAUGUUUUUAAGGUCACUGCAACAGAUGGUGGCACUCCUCAGCGUUCCGCCACGUCCUAUCUUACUGUCACCGUCAGCGACACCAAUGACCAUGGCCCUGUUUUUGAGCAGACCGAGUACAGAGUUAGCAUUCGUGAGAAUGUAGAAGUGGGCUUUGAGGUGAUGACAGUGAGGGCCACUGAUGAAGAUGCACCCUCCAAUGCCAAUAUGAUCUAUAAAAUUGUAAACGGCGAUGGUGUAAACUCCGUUUUUGAGAUCGACUCACGUAAUGGGCUUGUCAAGGUCCGAGUGCGCCCAGAUAGGGAGACCAGGGCACAGUAUGAGCUCAUAGUGGAGGCCAAUGACCAAGGGAAAGACCCAGGACCACGUAGUGCAACAGCCACAGUGCAUAUAACGGUAGAAGAUGAAAAUGAUAACUAUCCCCAGUUUAGCGAGAAGAGGUAUGUAGUGCAGGUUCCAGAGAACGUGGCUGUCAACACCAGAGUUGCUCAGGUGGAGGCUAGCGACAGAGAUGAGGGCAACAAUGCGAAAGUUCACUACAGCAUCAUUAAUGGCAAUGUGAAGGGCCAGUUCUAUAUCCACUCUCCAACUGGUGUUAUUGAUGUAAUCAAUCCACUAGAUUAUGAAACAAAUAGGGAAUAUAACCUGCGCAUCAAAGCACAGGAUGGAGGCCGACCUCCUCUCAUUAACAGCACAGGGAUAGUGAUAGUGCAGGUCAUUGAUGUGAAUGAUAACGCCCCCAUGUUUGUAAGCACUCCUUUUCAGGCCACAGUUUUGGAGAACGUACCCAUUGGGUACUCAGUAAUUCAUAUCCAGGCAAUUGACUCUGACUCUGGGGAAAAUGCCCGCUUGGAUUACCGCCUCACCGACACUUCCCCCGGCUUCCCCUUCACCAUCAACAACAGCACAGGCUGGAUUACAGUCAGUAUUGAGCUGGACAGAGAAACCACAGAGUUCUACACCUUUGGAGUGGAAGCCCGAGACAAUGGAGUUCCUGCAAUGUCUUCUUCUGCCAGUGUAAGCAUCACAGUGCUGGACGUCAACGACAAUGUGCCCACCUUCACGGAAAAGGUCUACUCCCUGAAAAUUAAUGAGGAUGCCCUGGUUGGUACUAGUGUCCUAACAGUGACAGCUGUGGAUCGGGACAUCAACAGUGUGGUGACUUAUCAGAUAUCCAGUGGCAACACGCGCAACAGGUUCGCCAUCACCAGCCAGAGUGGCGGUGGACUUAUCACUCUAGCAUUGCCGCUGGACUACAAGCAGGAACGCCAGUAUGUUCUGACCAUCACUGCUUCAGAUGGCACACGCUAUGACACAGCACAGGUCUUCAUCAAUGUCACUGAUGCCAACACACACAGGCCCGUGUUUCAGAGUUCCAACUAUCAGGUUCUGCUCAGCGAGGACAAGCCUAUUGGGUCAACUGUUGUGGUCAUCAGUGCUACAGAUGAGGACACAGGUGAGAAUGCUCGCAUUACGUAUGUCAUGGAGGACAAUGUCCCACAGUUUAAGAUUGAUCCAGAUACAGGUGCCAUCACCACACAGAUAGAAAUUGAUUAUGAGGACCAUGUCGCUUACACUCUAGCUAUUAUUGCCCGUGACAACGGCAUCCCCCAAAAGUCAGAUAUUACUUAUGUGGAGAUCAUAGUGGAGGACGCUAAUGAUAACGCUCCCCAGUUUGGCCGAGAGAAGUACCAAGGCACUGUGUUUGAAGAUGCCCUUCAGCAUACCAGCGUCCUCCAGAUAUCUGCUUCAGACAGGGAUUCAGGGUCUAAUGCAAGGGUGAGCUACACCUUCCAGGGUGGUGAUGAUGGUGAGGGUGACUUUAUGAUUGAGCAGUUCUCUGGAAUCAUCAGAACCAACCGGAAGCUGGACAGGGAGAACGUUCCUGUCUAUAAUUUAAAGGCAUUUGCAGUUGACAAAGGGAUUCCUCCACUCAAAGCUGCAGUGGAGAUCCAGGUGUCAGUGCUUGACAUUAACGACAAUGCCCCCGUGUUUGAGAAGGAUGAGUUGUUCGUUGAUGUCAAGGAGAACAGCCCUGUGGACUCUGUAGUGGCCAGGAUAACUGCUACAGACCCAGAUGAAGGAACCAACGCUCAGAUUAUGUACCAGAUAGUGGAGGGAAACAUACCUGAGGUCUUUGACUUGGAUAUAUUUACAGGGGACUUAAAAGCACUCACGGAUUUAGACUACGAGGCCAAGACAGAGUAUGUGAUCGUAGUCCAGGCCACAUCUGCACCGCUGGUCAGCAGAGCGACCGUCCACAUCCGUCUGGUUGACAUAAACGACAACGAACCUGUCCUGAAGAACUUUGAGAUCAUCUUCAACAACUAUGUCACCAACAAAUCCAACAGCUUUCCAACUGGGGUUAUAGGCAGGGUACCAGCUCAUGAUCCGGAUGUGUCAGAUAAACUGAAGUAUAGCUUUGUGGAGGGGAAUGAGCUUAGUCUGCUAAUCCUGAACCCAGAUACUGGAGAGCUGAAACUGAGCAAGGAUCUGGACAAUAACAGACCACUGGAAGCUUCCAUGAAAGUGUCAGUUACAGAUGGCCUCCAUCGUGUGACAGCGCAGUGUACACUCCGCGUCACCAUCAUCACCGACGACAUGCUGACCAACAGCAUAACAGUGCGCCUGGAGAACAUGUCCCAGGAACGCUUCCUGUCUCCACUGCUGGGUCUUUUUGCUGAGGGCGUAGCUGCCGUGCUGUCCACCACUCGCGACGGUGUCUUCGUCUUCAACGUGCAGAACGACAGCGACGUGGGCGGCUCCAUCCUCAAUGUCACCUUCUCAGCCCUGCUGCCUGGUGCAGCCCCGGGACGGUUCUUCCCCUCUGAGGAACUGCAGGAACAGAUCUACCUGAACCGGACGCUGCUGAGACACAUCUCCAGCCAGAGUGUGCUGCCCUUCGAUGAUAACAUCUGCCUGCGGGAGCCCUGCGAGAACUACAUGAAGUGCGUUUCCGUGCUGAAGUUCGACAGCUCUCCGCCCUUCAUCGCCUCAGACACCGUCCUCUUCAGGCCCAUCCAUCCAAUCAAUGGGCUGCGGUGCCGAUGCCCCGCUGGGUUCACCGGAGACUACUGCGAGACGGAGAUCGACCUGUGCUACUCGGGACCUUGCCGCAAUAACGGGCGCUGCAGGAGCCGAGAGGGUGGAUAUACAUGCGAGUGUCUUGAGGACUUCACUGGUGAGCACUGUGAGGUGAAUUCCCGCUCAGGCCGCUGUGUGCCAGGCGUGUGUAAGAACGGAGGCAAGUGUGUGGACCUACUGGUGGGAGGCUUCAUCUGCCAGUGCCCGUCAGGCGAGUUCGAGAAGCCCUACUGUGAGAUGACCACCCGCAGUUUCCCGGGACAGUCCUUCAUCACCUUCAGAGGCCUGAGGCAGAGGUUCCACUUCACCAUCUCCUUCAUGUUUGCCACCCGAGAGACAAAUGCCCUGCUUCUUUACAACGGCCGCUUUAACGAGAAGCACGACUUCAUCGCUGUGGAGAUCAUUGAUGAGCAGAUCCAGCUCACCUUCUCAGCAGGAGAGACUAAAACCACUGUGGCUCCUUUCGUACAUGGUGGAGUUAGUGACGGCCAGUGGCAUUCUGUUCAGCUGCAUUACUACAACAAGGACAGCCUGCACCUGCUGGACGCCAGUGGGGUGCUGCGGGUCCCGCUCUAUACAGCCUGGCUGGAGCUGACCCAUAAGGAGCCGAACAUCGGGCGGUUGGGGAUCUCUCAGGGUCCGUCAGGGGAGAAGGUGGCAGUGGUGGCAGUGGAUGACUGUGAUAUUGCCAUGGCAGUGCGCUUCGGGAGCCAGGUUGGAAACUAUUCCUGCGCUGCACAGGGAACACAGACCGGACAGAAAAAGUCUCUGGACCUGACGGGGCCUCUGUUGCUGGGUGGAGUGCCCAACCUGCCGGAGGAUUUCCCUGUGCGAAACCGAGACUUUGUGGGCUGCAUGAGGAACCUGACCAUCGACAGCAAGCCCAUGGACAUGGCCAACUUCAUCGCCAACAACGGCACCACAGCAGGCUGUCCAGCUAAAAGGGACUUCUGUAAAGAGGGCCUGUGUCAGCAUGGAGGUCAUUGUGAGAACAAGUGGAACACUUACUCCUGCGACUGUCCCGACGGCCGUGGAGGAAAGAACUGUGAACAAGUGAUGUCCUCACCGCAGUACUUCGACGGCCAUGCCAUGGUGUCCUGGACCGAUUUUGAACUCACGGUAGCUGUGCCCUGGUACAUAGGCCUGAUGUUCCGCACCAGACAGAGCAGCAGCACGGCUAUCCUCCUGCAGGCCAAUGCCGGCCCAACCUCACAGAUCAACCUGCUGCUUGUGAACAGGCAAGUGCGGAUGGAGGUGAAGCUGGGAGAGCAGCGUGUUGCUCUGCUGGAGUUUGCGGAGAUCAGAGUGAAUGAUGGAGAGUGGCACCAUCUCCUCGUGGAGAUCACCAGCAGCAAGGAGGGCAAAGACACCAAAUACAUGGCCCAGGUGUCUCUGGACUAUGACAUGUUUAAGAGGUCAGUUGAGAUCGGGAACGAGCUGCCUGGACUGAAGGUCAAGAGUUUGUUUAUUGGAGGUCUUCAGGGAGACAACAAUGCUGUUCUGCAAGGCUUCCAGGGCUGCAUACAAGGUGUGCGAAUGGGGGAGACCUCCACCAACACAGCCAAUGUCAACAUGCAGCUGGGUCUGAAGAUCCGCGUGGAGGAAGGCUGUGACCUGGCUCACCCCUGCGACUCCAACAUCUGCCCUGAGAACAGCCAGUGCACGGACGAGUGGAGUGCACACACCUGCGUGUGUGAGCCAGGGUUCUUUGGUAAGAAGUGUGUGGACGCCUGUCUCCUGAACCCCUGUGAACACGUGUCCACAUGCGUCCGAAAGCCAAGCUCCUCUCACGGCUAUACCUGCGAGUGCGGUCAGAACUUCUACGGGCAGUACUGCGAGAACAAGGUGGAGAAGCCGUGCCCCAGGGGCUGGUGGGGCAGCCCGAUGUGCGGACCCUGCGACUGCGACGUCAACAAAGGCUUCAAUCCAGACUGCAACAAGACCACUGGAGAGUGUCGAUGCAAGGACAACUAUUACCGGCCCAAAGGCAGUGACACCUGUUACCCGUGUGACUGCUUCUUCACCGGCGCCAGCUCCAGAACCUGUGACCCGCACACUGGGCAGUGCCCCUGCAAGGCGGGUGUGAUCGGCCGACAGUGUAACCGCUGUGACAACCCCUUUGCUGAAGUUACCUCCACUGGUUGUGAGGUUGUUUAUGAGGGCUGCCCCAAGGCCUUUGAUGCUGAAAUCUGGUGGCCCAGGACCAAAUUUGGCCGUCCAGUUGCUAUCAACUGCCCCAAGGGAUCUAUUGGCACUGCCGUCAGACACUGCAGCGAUGAGAACGGCUGGCUGCCUCCCGAACUCUUCAACUGCACCACCGUCACUUUCUCCCACCUGAAGAAACUGAAUGAAGAGAUGCAUCGUAACGAGUCCAGAAUGGACGGACAGAAGUCGAAGGACAUUGCCCAAAUGCUCCACAAUGCCACCAUCCAGACCAAGUCCUUCUAUGGCAACGACGUGAAAACAGCCUUCCACCUGAUCUCCCGGGUCCUGCAGUACGAGAGCCAGCAGCAGGGCUUCGAUCUGGCUGCCAUGAAGGACGCCAACUUCAACGAGCACAUUGUGAAGGCGGGCAGUGCCAUCCUGGACCCCAGCAAUAAAGAUCAUUGGGAUCACAUCCAGAGAACAGAUGGCGGGACCGCCCACCUGCUGAGGAACUUUGAGGAGUAUGCCAACACUGUGGCUCGCAAUAUGAGGAAGACCUACCUCAAACCUUUCACCAUCGUCACACACAACAUGAUUUUGGCUGUGGAUUACCUCGACUCCUCCAGUCCAGAGGAGGCAAAGAUGCCUCACUUCCAGAAGAUCAAAGAGGAAUAUCCCAAAGACCUGAAAUCAUCAGUCCUGUUUCCAGAGUUUAACUACAGACCCACAGAUUUCAGAGUUUUCAGUGCAGCAACUGCAACAGAGAAGCCAGCAGUUCAGACUACCUCAAAUGAGGAAGACCACUCUGAGGUCCAGAGGAGCAGGAGACAGGCUGAGGGUCCUCCUCCUUUCCCUGUGGCCGCGGUCAUCGUCUACCGCUCUCUGGGGCAGCUGCUGCCUGAGCGCUUUGACCCUGACCGCCGCAGUCUCAGACUGCCCAUCCGGCCAGUCAUCAACACUCCCAUCGUCAGCACUACGGUACACAGCGAAGGCCAGCCCCUCUCCAUGCCUCUGGAGCGACCAAUCACACUCGACUACACACUGCUGGAGACAGAAGAGCGGUCCAAACCUGUGUGUGUGUUCUGGAACCACUCCAUCGCGAUCGGAGGGACCGGAGGCUGGUCCUCUAAAGGUUGUGAACUUGUCUCCAGAAACAAAACCCACAUCAGCUGCCAGUGUAACCACAUGACCAGCUUCGCCGUGCUCAUGGACAUCUCCAAGAGAGAGCAUGGAGAUGUGUUGCCCCUGAAGAUAGUAACCUACACCACGGUUUCAGCCUCGUUGUUGGCUCUGCUGAUCACCUUCAUCCUGUUGGCCAUCCUGCGAAAGCUCCGCUCCAACCUGCACAGCAUCCACAAGAACCUGGUGGCGGCGCUCUUCUUCUCCGAACUCGUUUUCCUCAUCGGCAUCAACCAGACGGACAACCCGUUUGUGUGUACGGUGAUAGCGAUUCUACUGCACUUCUUCUACAUGUGUACGUUUGCCUGGAUGUUUGUGGAGGGGCUACACAUUUACCGCAUGCUGACUGAGAUGCGCAACAUCAACCACGGCCACAUGCGCUUUUACUACGCCAUCGGCUGGGGCAUCCCUGCUAUUAUCACAGGUCUGGCUGUAGGUUUGGAUCCACAGGGCUAUGGUAACCCUGAUUUCUGCUGGCUCUCCGUCCACGACACCCUGAUUUGGAGCUUUGCUGGUCCCAUCGCUGUUGUUGUGCUGGUAAACGUAGUAAUAUUCAUUAUGGCAGCAAAGGCUUCGUGUGGACGCAGGCAGAGGAGCUAUGAGAAGUCAGGAGCCAUUCCUGCUCUGCGGAUGGCCUUCCUGCUCUUACUGCUCAUCAGUGCCACCUGGUUGCUGGGGCUCAUGGCUGUUAACAGUGACGUCAUGAUCUUUCACUACCUGUUUGCAGGUUUCAGCUGCUUGCAGGGAAUUUUGAUAUUCUUCUUCCACUGUGUGCUGAGUAAAGAAGUGAGGAAGAAUCUGAAGAUGGUGUUCACAGGAAAGAAACCACUACCAGACGAGUCCAGCACCACCCGGGCCUCUCUGCUCACUCGUUCUCUGAAUUGUAAUAAUACAUACACGGAGGACGGCACUCUGUUCCGUUCAGCUAUCGGCGAGUCUACUGUAUCUCUGGAGAGCACCAUCAGGUCAGCCAAGAGCCACAGCGGCUACCUUGCUUACGCCUUCAGAGAUGAGUCAGGACAGAAACCUUGCGUCUCCUCAGGAACAGCUAAAGGACUUACAGACAUUGACGCCCCUCUGUUCCACCGCAACGGCACCAAGGCAGACGACUCUGACUCGGACAGUGAGCUCUCUGUAGACGAGCACAGCAGCUCCUACGCCUCCUCACACUCCUCCGACAGCGAGGACGAUGAAGACGUCCACAUGAAGCCCAAGUGGAACAACGAGCGGCAGCCACUGCACAGCACUCCAAAAGGUAAAGUGGACACAGUGUCCAAUCACGUGAAGCCGUACUGGCCCACUGAGGCCACCACGGCCAGCGACAGUGAGGAGGCUGGAGGUGCAGAGCGACUGAGGGUGGAGACUAAAGUGAACGUAGAGCUCCAUCAGGAGAAUAAGCUGAACCACAUAGGAGAACCACCCCAGGACAAAGACCCACCAGCCAGAGACGGAGCACCACCCAGUCAGACCAACAGCAACCACCAGCCGGAGCAGAGGAAGGGCAUACUGAAAAAUAAGAUCACAUACCCUCCUCCACUUACGGACAAAAACAUGAAGAACAAACUCAGAGAAAAGCUUUCAGACUAUAACCCCCCCACCAUCUCCUCACGGACCCCCUCAGUAGCCUCCAACGAUGGGGGCAACAGUCACAACGUCAUCAUCAAAAACCCCCAUCGACCAGCCGUCCCGCCCAGGGAGCAGCAGAACGGAGUGGCCAUGAACCUGCGGAGCGGCACCGUUAACGGUGGAAACCAGUCAGAUUCAGACGGCAGUAAUGAAACCUCAAUCUGACCCAGCAGGAAGCAGCAGGAGGCUCUUUCUACGUGAGAGCGACACGACGGCCGUCCUUCAUGACGUGAAGAUGGGAAGAAGAGCAAGGAGAACAGGAGAAGAGGAGAGGUGGAUGAACUCCUCGAAGGAACAUAGACCAUUCAUUGGACCAUUCAUUGGACCAUUCAUUGGACAUCUCUCCUUCUCGCCCUCUUAACUCUCUCACUCCUUCUCUCUCUCGUCACCCCAGUGGCCUACACUCCAAUGGAGGACAGUAUUACUGCAGACAUCUGGCUGCUCUACAUAGGAAUUUUAAGAAAAAGGGAAUGUAUUGGAUGGCGCCUUAAGAGGAGAAGGGGGCAGUAAGAAUGGACCGUGCCAAAAUCAUAUGCUGCAGGAGGUAGAAAAGACUACAUCUCACACAAUGCCUCAGCUCUGCAUGUCCCAAACCAGGAAAGUCACGGCCACAGCAGCAGGCUGGAGCAGGAUCUGGAGCUGGAGCUGGAGAACUGCAGGAAUGUGAUGUUGGAUGUUACCACUAGUACUUACAGUGUAUCUGCUCUGAACGGGUGGAAAAAUACUCUUGACUUUUUAAUAAACACAAAGGAAUGUGUGCUGGAAAAAAGGCAAAAAAGGACAAUAAAAAGACAAUUCAUGAACUGCAUGUGCUGGAUUCGGUCAACUCAUCCCUCCAGAGGAGGUCCUGUGUUGGUUUCUCUGUUGUGAUUUUAACCAUUGUUAUGUAGAUAUCUCUAUUUUGUAUUUUUUUUGUUUCCAGACUUCAGGCACAUUUUUAUAAUGAUUUUUUUUAUAACAACAUAUUCAAGAGAUUAUCCUGGGCAAAAACAAAAAAAAAUCAUGAUGCUGUAUUUUUUUUGUACUUGAUUGACGGUCACUGUGGUGCCUUAUUUUGAUCACACACUACACUCUACACAGUGUGGUUUUCAGACGUUCCAAAGCCCGCUGGUUCACGCCUCCUCAGAUAAGACUGUUAAAAAAAACACACACAAAGGUGAGCUAUUUUUAUAAAAGAAUAAAGAGUAAAUUAUAAAAUGUGAAAAGAGAGGAGCCCUACAAUUUCUUACAGUGAAAAUAUGAAUGAAUGUCUAUGCCAUUUUUAUCACGAGCUCUUUAUGUUCAAACUCAGAGGCCUUCUAAUCCCACCCUAUGCCCCGCCUCCUCUCUGUGAUAGCCACUCCAGUGUUGGAACUACUCCUGUUUUUCCCCACCAAAAAAAAAGGAAAAAAAAAAACACUGGAAUUCUUGUAAAAAAAUGUAUAUUUAUUUUUUAUGUUUUUCAAACACUGGAUAAUGAUUGCAACUAUGAAAUUAAAACCACUUUGGAAUUUUCUA